UAGAGCUGCCCUGCGGGGGACGAAGGAGGUACCGCAACCAUUUUAACUAAAUUCACGAACCGGUGUGAGUGUGAGGAUAAUCUCUGGGCCGCCCAUUGCUUGUUUGUUUCUACAUAAGAUGGAGUUGACCCUUCAUUCCUUAGCAUUUAUAGCACUAGUGAAGUUUUAGGGAGAGGGAGAGAGAGCACAGAGAGAGAGAGAGAGAGAGAGAGAGAGAGUGAGUGAUAGUGAUAGCAGAGAGGGAGAGAGAUGGAGGGUCUGAAAUGGAGUUUGUUAGCUCUGCUACCACUCCUUGCAUCUGUUAUACUCUUCUACAUGAAAACCCCUCCUCAAAAGCCAUCUCACAGCGAGUGCAGCCUUCUUGAUCACAACGAUUUCUGGAUAUCCAGCAAGCGUAUUGUGACACCAAAAGGGGUGAUUUCUGGUGCAGUUGAGGUCAAAGGAGGAAACAUUGCGUCUGUAAUGGAAGAGGAUUGGCAAGAGAAUGUCGGGACUGGACAAGUGAUUGAUUAUGGGGAGGCUGUUGUCAUGCCUGGUCUGAUCGAUGUGCAUGCGCAUCUUGAUGAUCCUGGAAGAACAGAAUGGGAAGGAUUUCCUUCAGGGACUAGAGCAGCUGCUGCUGGUGGGUUAACAACUUUGGUUGACAUGCCUCUUAACAGUUUUCCAUCUACAGUUUCCGAAGAAACUUUUGAACUCAAGAUCAAGGCUGCAGCAAAGAGGAUCUAUGUUGAUGUUGGUUUCUGGGGAGGUCUGGUUCCAGAAGCGAUUUCAUUUAAAUGAAAUCGCUUUUUCUCUUUGCUGUAGUCCUUUAUGUGUCCUUCGGGGAUCAAUGACUUUCCCAUGACAAAUGCUGGCCAUAUUAAGGAAGGAUUGUCCAUACUGGCAAAGUAUAGAAGACCUUUACUUGUACAUGCAGAGAUUCAACAAGAACUUGAAGAUAUUGCAGAUGAUCCUCGAUCCUAUUCAACAUAUCUCAAGACUAGGCCUGCUUCAUGGGAAGAGGCAGCUAUUAGAGAGCUCUUAACAGUAACAAACAGCACAAGGGCUGGUGGCCCUGCUGAAGGAGCUCAUCUUCACAUUGUUCAUCUGUCUGAUGCGAGAUCUUCCUUAGAUCUAAUUAAGGAAGCAAAAAACAGCGGUGAUAGCAUAACUGUUGAAACUUGCCCCCAUUAUUUAGCCUUUUCGGCCGAAGAGAUUCAUGAUGGGGAUACCCGUUUUAAGUGUGCUCCACCCAUUCGUGAUGCUGCCAAUAGAGAAAAACUAUGGGGAGCAUUGAUGGAUGGACAUAUUGACAUGCUAAGCUCUGAUCAUUCACCAACAGUUCCAGAACUCAAACUCUUCAAUGAUGGUAACUUUUUGAAGGCAUGGGGUGGUAUAUCUUCUUUGCAGUUUGUUCUUCCUGUGACAUGGUCCUAUGGGCGUAAAUAUGGAAUGACUUUGGAACAGUUAGCUUCAUGGUGGAGUGAGAAGCCUGCCAAACUUGCCGGCCUAGAUUUGAAGGGGGCGAUUGCAAUUGGAAACCAUGCAGAUAUAGUGGUGUGGGAACCAGAAGUGGAGUUUGACCUCAAUGAUAGUCAUCCUACAUAUGUCAAGCAUCCUAGUAUCUCAGCCUACAUGGGAUCAAGACUAUCUGGAAAAGUUUUGGCGACUUUCGUGAGAGGCAACCUUGUCUACAAAGAAGGGAAGCACGCUCUUGCUGCCUGUGGCGUCCCCAUCCUUGCAAGAUAAUGAGAUGAACUUGCAGGUUUCAGUUAAGAUGGUUCACCAAUUGUGGGGGAUCUGGGGGGCAAUGUAAGAGAAUACCAAUCACUUUGAUCUGUUGAUCUGACUGGGCGUUUCAAGUCAUUGGAUGAUUCUGGCUAUGGACCUACUGUUGAUUGGUUGUAUAUUUGGAUGCAUAUGAGGGAAAUGUACAUAUUGCGACCUACAAAAACUGAGCCAAAAAAAUAAAAAAAAUGAAACCUAGAAAAUUUCACUGCAGGAUUUUCAAUUUCAUUCUAAAAAAGAUCACAACUUACUAAUAUUAAUUUGUCUUCUCAAUCCUGAGUUCAUUGUCACCCACGUCUAUCCCCCAUAAUCAAUGAAGUUGGGUUGAAUGAUGUUUA